AUGAAGAAGCAAACCAUAUUUUUAUUACUAUUAGUAAUAAGUUCUUCAAAUGCUGAUGAGGAUAAACCUAAUAAUUCGGAGAAGCCGGCGUUGAUGGAACGACUUGUUCAAUCUCUUCCACAAAUUCCAAAUGUUAUAAAAGGACAAAUGGAAGGAAAGCCGGAAGAACUUAAGAAAAUGAUUUCUAAUAUGCUCGGCGACGGCCUUCUUAGUCAACUUGUCGUUAAUCCAAUGAGUGUUGCCGAAAAUAUGGGAGUUCCUCUGAACGAUUUGGGAAUCAACAACACGGUUCUUGAAAAAUCUAUUGGAAAAGACAAAGAUGGCGAUAAAAAUGCGGGAUUCAACAUUUUCAGUGCCUUUACGUCUCCAGCUCCAUCCACAAAAAAGAUAAUGUAUGUCGACGGAGUUCCAAUCGAAAAUUUUGAUGAAUUCAUUAGAAAACACCAACUCGAGAGUAGCGGAUUUACCACAAGCGUCCCACCAACAACCACUACUCCAUUCACACCGGAAAAAGUUGCUGAGGUUGUAUUGGAAAGAUUGAAGAGCAGAGAAACCCCAAUUCUUGCUGAGCCGCCAAGAUCAACGGUUGACAUUUCCAGAACUCUUGAUAUGAAUAUGAUUGAUCCCAAAAGAGUUGCCGAGGUUAAUCAGUUGUUGAGAAGAGCUCCUCAGAAAUUUGAUAUGCCAACUGGGCCAAUGGAUAUUGGGCCACCAGGAUUUGUCCAAUCCCUUGAUCCAUCCAUCGAUGAGGUUGUUACUAAUCUGAGAACAAAGGGAACUUACGGAUUGACUGUGGAUGAUGUCAAACGCCUUCAAAACAUUCUUCAAACUUAUGAGGAAACUCUUCAAACUAAAGAAUUGCUAGCUAAACGUAAGCAACUUCAAGUUCUUCAAACUGAACUGAGUGAACAGCGCAAACGCAUUGAAGUACAAAAGAGAAUGGAGGAAGAACUUCGGAAAAAGGAAAAAGAGCUUGAAGAAGAGAAACAGAAAAUGGAACGUCAGCUGACUGAGCAAUUGCACAAUUGGCACAGCUCAUUCGGACCAUAUCCGAGAGGACCGGAACUUCCAAAAGAGCUUCAACUGGAACCAAUGGGAUCACCUCCGGGGACUCAUAUCACUACUACAACAGAAGGCACGACUACAGAAGAAGAAACUAGCGCUCUGCCAUCAUCUCAUGAACGCAAACUCGCUGAAGAACGGGAAGAAAUCGUAGAACGACAGAUGUCAUCGUCCGCAUCUCCAAUUAGAAUUAGCAGCGCUCUUCGCCAUCAUAUCCGUUAUUCGCCAACUACUGUUCCAGUGAACACAGAUAGUGAAAUGAUUCCACCAAGCAUGUCUGUUCAGCGUGAUGAGGAAGAUCUCGAAUCCCAUUGCGAAUGCGAACAAGUAUCAUUAGAUAAAAUGAACGGAAAAUGGCUUAUUGCAUUGGCUUCCAAAAAUGUUGUGAAUAUUAUGGAGGAACAUACUGCAAACCUUGUUCAAAAAGAAUCGGCAUCAUUGACUUGUUCGAGAUUUGAUAUUGUCGCUGGACGCAAAUCCGUAGCCGCACAAGACGCGAGACUGAUCUGGCAGUUCAAGACAUCAACGUCUGAAAAGAUCAUGAGAUUGAGAGGAAAUGCACUUACCACAGAUCAUGUUAACACCAGAGUACAAAUGACCGAUUUUGACGGCGAAAAUUUCAGUUUUCCAUUCUGCGUUCUUCGUUCUGGAGGAGUUCGCGCUUACGACUACAUACUUGUUACGAACAGCAAAGAAGAUUGCAAAGAUGUGGCUCUUCUUGUGAGAAAUCCUCAAGAAUUCUUUGACAAUCCCGACAAGAAACUGCAGAAAUACCUUAAAGCGAAAAUCGCUAAGAAAGAAAUGAACCCAUUGGAUGUAGUCAACUUCGGAGACUGUUAA